AUGGCAGACCUUCAAACUCCCACCGAAGUGUCCCUCCUUUCGACCUCGAACCCUUCGACCGAAUCCGCGGUUGCCCAUGAGAAAGAAGCAAGCACAAAAGUUUCCCUGUCCGAAGUAAGGAUAGACUCUACUCCCACGUCGACGGUCGCGAACGGGACGACAUCCGCCGUCACAAACGGUGCCAGCUCCAGACCAACAUCAACACCAACACCGGCACCUAUAUCGGCGCCGGCAGGAAUAGAAGAAUACGAUGACCCGCCGUUAUUCUCGCCGUCGCUGAUCGGUGACGACGUCUCCUCCAGUCUACCCGAGGGCUACUCGAUCCGACCACUUCGACGAAGCGACUAUUCUGGCGGCUUCCUCCCUACUCUACGAGUCCUCACGACGGUUGGCGAGCCGACACUAGCAGAGUUCAACGCACGGUACGACUUUAUGGCUAGCCGUAACGACACAUACUACAUCCUAGUGAUCUGCGACACGACAGGGACGGUGGUUGGCACGGGGGCCGUGAUUGUCGAGCGCAAAUUCAUCCAUAACAUGGGGCUGGUCGGACACAUCGAAGAUAUCGCCGUCGCGAAGAAUCAGCAGGGCAAGAAGCUUGGCCUCCGCAUUAUCCAGGCGCUCGACUCCGUUGCCGCAAGGGUUGGCUGCUACAAGAGCAUUCUCGACUGUAGCGAGGCGAACGAGGGGUUCUAUGUCAAAUGCGGCUUCAAGCGGGCGGGGUUGGAAAUGGCCCAUUAUUAUGAAAAGGCUCCCAAGAUGAAUUUAUGA